AUGGCGUCUGCAGAGGACGGAAUCAAUCGCAACAAGCUUCGGCAAGAAGCUGGCCGCCAUGUCCAACACGUCACAUGCGGUGUGGCCGAGCGAGAGACACAUCGAGAGGUGCUGCUGCACGUUGAAGAUCGCUUUGCCCACGUAUCGCAUGAGGAAUUGCGUCCUCUUGUGCUGCCGCCGCAGCUGCCGUCCAUUGCGCGCCCACGAGAGCCGCAAACGGCGAAGUUUUCACGUGGAGUCGCCCUACAUCCGAAGUUCACUCGAGGGAGCAGUGCAGGGGCGUCUCUCUCAGUGGCUGCUGUCACCGGAGACUCAGCGCAUGUAGGCGCCGACGGCAACCUCUGCAGCUUCUCGGUUUCCACGGAGGCCUCCACCGAGGCGCUGUCCGCGUCAACUGGCUUCACGGACGCCCAUAGGUGGGAGAUGCCAAAUGUGGCGGACCGUGCCUUCUUCCGGCGCUUCAUGGAGGACGCGCAGACGAGCGCAGACGACUCAACAGCCUACUCGAGCGCGACAGCACAGUUGGCGCUCUGCAACCCAGCUUCCCCAUCGCCGCUGGACCUGCUGCUUAAAUGGGAGGAGAAGUACGCCUACUUGUGCGAGCUCGAGAGGGCGGAGCGGCAAUACGUACGCGCGUACGAGAGGUGGGACCAACAGGUCAUAUUAGAGAUGAUGGCUGUGCACUUUGUAGCGCUGGUCUUGAAGCCGUGCAUGGACGUUCUGCGUCAAGAGGAGUUGGAGCAGCGGGAGGCCAUCAUGCAGGAGGAGGAUCGGCUCAGCUUCUACAUGUACAAUGACUUCCCGUUGGCGCUGCAGCUGCAGGAGGGCAAGAAGGCCCUGAAGGCCCGCGAGCUGCAACUGGACAGAAUUUUGGGAUUGACGCCAGCAACACCGCGGCUCCCGGCGCUACCAGAGGCACCCGCGAAAGCGACUCCCGGAACUCCUGUGGCCGUGGCACUGGCGUCAGCAGCGGCGCCACCUCAGUCGGAGGGGGUGAGCAAAGGCUUGCGGCUGUCUUCCCCCUCCAGUGCGCGUGCAGCUUCCCCGGUGGCAGCGGCAACGCCUGAUACCGGCAUCCCCAGCGACGAGGCGCGCCGCAUUCUUCGGAAGUAUGUGCAGCAGCGCCACGGUGCCUUGCUGAACGUUGUCGGCACAUGGACUACGACGCCGCAGGAUGACGACGUCUCGAUGCAAACUAUGAUCACAACCUAUCCUGGGGCCCGCGGAUACGACACCGUGCACCGGUCAUCAGCGCUGUUCUUGCCGUCCAUCUCCAGCACGCAAGCACCAAUCCGCAACGCCGUCGGCAUCGUUGACUACGUCGCCCUUCUCGACGAGAGCACGAAGCACCGUGAGCAGAUUGUCAAGACGGAGGAGCGCUGCCGCGCUGAUAUGAACCAGACUUGCUACGAGGAGCUUCAGGUGGUGCUGGAGUGGCAGCGGCGCCGCAUGCACCUCGAACGACUUGUAUACUGGCGGCACCAGCGUGAAGCCGCCGUGCAGAAGGAAGUCGAGGCGCUCACUAACGUCACUCCCGUGCUGCGGCUGGAUGCGAAGGUGCUGCGGUUGCUGGAGAUUCUCGAGGGGGAGGAGGAGGCAGCGCGACAGUCCAUUCGAGACGAGGAGCGCGCAUCCUUCGAGCCUCUAUGGCAGACAAAUGAGGACCUGAGCCGUGCCUUCAAUAAUGUCAGCUUGCAAGAGCGUUGCAUGGCCACCCUCGACUCGGAGGUGUGGACGACGGAGGCGGUGGCUCGGCGGAAGCUCGUCACUGUGGAAGAGACGGAUGUGCGCCACCACCGGGAGCGUUUGUGCCUUGAGCAUCUUAUCUCGACUCUCACUAGCGGCAUGUCGCAACGACGUGCCCUGUGGCAUGUGAGUACGUGCCCCGUGCUGUACUCGGCGGUGCAGGUCUUACAGAAGGCGUUCCGUCGCUUCCUGCGCGGACGUCUUGGGUGGCGGUUUACGCAUCAAGCGCUCGGGCGCGAGAUCAACUACUCCCGCAAUGCGAGGAAGAUCACCACCGGCAGACUUGCUCUCCAGUCCUUCAAGGCCACCUUGUCGGCAGAGAAGGCGCAGCUGUGCGAAGAACAAGCGCAGCAGCACCUCCGUGAGCAGUACGCGCUUUUUGCCAAUGAGUCGGGGCUUCGCACCGCUCUGUGCGCUGAGCAGGAGUGUGGUCGCAAGCGCAUCGCUCGAACCCGUGUGCUGGAUGUUGAGGAGGUGUACGCGCCACUGUUUAUAGCGAGCGUGGCGCUCGAGGAGGAGGUGCGGUUGGAGCUGGAGGUGGAAGAGGAGCUCGAGCGAGGCGUUCUGCUUGCCACCAACGCAACGCUGGUUGAUGUGAUUGGGCAGAAGUCCGACACGCAGCGGGAGGAAAGGGGUAGGCGCAAGGCUGCAGUGCGUAAAGAGCGGGCGUCAUGGCGUCAGCUGCUCAGCGCCGAGUGUGAUGAGCGCGAGGAGCACCGCAUCGACGAGGAGGCGCGCGAGGCAGCACGUGAGACCUCUCGGUCCGCCUUCACCGAGGCGGCGGAGGACGAAAGCCGCCGUCAUCAUGGGCGUGCUAUGGGGAUGUACGUCGCUUGCAUGCGUGAGGCCCUUCUUGAUCUGCUCGACCGCGAGGUCAGCGAUGACGCAGCGCGGCGUGGCAUUGAACAGGAAGAGGCGGUGGCGGCUCGCCACCUGCUAGACAGCAUGGCCACCACUCAGUGUGCUGCGUACGCGUCUGACCUUGAGCGCCGCCACCAACUCGUGCACAACGGGGUGCAUCAGCAGGCGAUCUGCAUCGCGGAAACAGAAAACCGCGCCAGCAUACUGCACAGGGAGGCCGCAGCGUGGGCCACCACGGAGCCGGAGCUGCGCAGUCUCUUCGUAGGCCCGCUGCAUGACCUGAUGGUGCGUUGCGGCGCUGUGAAGGUGAUUAGUACGUGGUACACUGCCGUGCGCAACGGCGAGGUUGGACGGACGGUGUCGCGGCAACUGCUUCGCGAGGACCUCGCCCACCAUCACAAGGAGCGUCAGUUGCGCUCGCAGCAGAUCAUGCAGCGGCUUCACACGCAACAUGUGCGUAGCCAACUUGACACGCUGAUGAUGGAGAUGCACACGGAGCAGCAGGGGGCAGUGCGGCAGCUGCUGGACGUUCUUGUGAAGUGUGACGAGCCGCGUGGGCGCGCGCAGGUCGAGUCGCUGCAGGAGAUUAUCUUUGGAAUUCUUGAGCGCAACGCGAAGGCUCUUCUGGCUGAGAUUCGCCUUAACUUUAUCAACUCCGAGGCGCUAAUCUGGCAGCAGGAGUUGUACGAGCGAAAGGCGUUAAAGCAGGCGUGGCACCACACGUUUGAGAAGCUGCUAGAGCGGAAGCACCAGGAGCUGAGCAAGGACUACUUCGCGCUUCGAAUUCAGCGCGCAUGGAGAGGGUGCGCAGCACGAAUGCAACACAGGCGCAACUUGUCGACACAGUGCACGCGGCUGGUGGCGCUCGAGGUGCAGGAGCGUGCGGCACUGGAGCUUGAGGAGCUGGAGGAGGUGGCGGCGCAGCUGUACCAGCCAUGGCUAUCCUUCUCGUACGUUGAGACGUACGUGCGAGGACCAUUGGCGCGAGCAUAUGAUGAGCUUGCAGUCGCCGUAGUGGACGCGACACGGGUCCAAGAGUGGAGCGAGCGAGUUGCGCUGUUGUGGGAGAUGCGCUACGAAGACUGCGACUCGUGUCUCUGUGAGGAUGAAGCCCGUGCACGGCGUAUGCUGGAGACACAGUUCCACAAGCCAUUUCUGCUUCAGUCAGAGCUCAAGGACGAGGAGCGGCUCAAGCGCACGAUGCUGGAGCGGGAGCGCACACUCUUCCUGCUGCGCAUUCUUGCGCGCGAGGAGCAUCAACGACGUCUGUCACUGGUGUCGGUCGAGGGCCAGGGGAGGGCGUCGCUGCAUAUACAACUCACCGCUGCCACGCCAGUCGACGCGCGGGAGUUGUAG